CUCAAAGUGAAGAGAGUUGAUGACCGUCAAGAUCCACACAGAUGCAGCAGAAUGAUCCAGAUCUGUUGUGAUAAACUUCUGAAAUUUCACCUACUGCUCACCUCCCUCCACCUCAUGUCUGGGGUGAAAUGUGGGACAAAUGAGAUCUUGACUUACACAGCAAAUGCAAAAGGAAAUGUGGAAAUACAGUGUCCAUAUGAGUCUAAAUAUGAAAAAUAUGAGAAGUAUCUCUGCAGAGGGAAAUGCCAAACACUAAAUAAAGACAAACCUGUUAGAUCUGGAUCGAGACCAAAUGAGAAAAGAUUCUCUAUGAUUGAUAACUCAACUACCCACAUCUUCACUGUCACCAUCACUGAUCUUGUACCUGAGGAUGAAGGCACAUACUGGUGCGGGGUAAAGACCGGCUUCGGACGCAGUGAUGAUUAUACCAAGAUUCUACUGAAUAUUAAACGUGAUACAGGUUCAUCAACCACUAUGACGGCAACAUCGACAAUAUCUCAAACGAUAUACAUCUCCUCAAACCAGCCUGGAUCUACCCAUUACACCGUCAACCCAAUGAUUAUAUCUUCAUCAUCAACAACAUCACAUUCAAAUUCAGUGUCAAGAAAACUGACAUCAGAUUUGAUUGUGAUCAUCACACUGUCAGUUACAGUGAUUCUGCUUGUGUUCGGAUUUACACUUUUCCUGUGCUUUCGACAGAGACAAAAGAAUAAAGGUGACGCUCUCUCUAUCUCAUUAACAUGCAGUAUCUGUAUAUUCAUAUCUUCAAUGCAUAAAAAUCUGCAUAUUUUGCAGAUAGAAAUUCAUCACUUAUUGAUAAUGACAAACUGCAAGAAAAUGCUGAAAAUGGACAUCCUGGCUCACUACCCACCAACCCUUCUGGGACUGAGAGAUCUGUUUAUGCCACACAGCAAUUACCCACAAAUCCUUCUGGGACUGAGAGAUCUGUUUAUGCCACACAGCAAUUACCCACAAAUCCUUCUGGGACCGAGAGAUCUGUUUAUGCCACACAGCAAUUACCCACAAAUCCUUCUGGGACCGAGAGAUCUGUUUAUGCCACACCGCAAUUACCCACAAAUCCUUCUGGGACUGAGAGAUCUGUUUAUGCCACACAGCAAUUACCCACAAAUCCUUCUGGGACUGAGAGAUCUGUUUAUGCCACACCGCAAUUACCCACAAAUCCUUCUGGGACCGAGAGAUCUGUUUAUGCCACACAGCAAUUACCCACAAAUCCUUCUGGGACCGAGAGAUCUGUUUAUGCCACACCGCAAUUACCCACAAAUCCUUCUGGGACCGAGAGAUCUGUUUAUGCCACACAGCAAUUACCCACAAAUCCUUCUGGGACUGAGAGAUCUGUUUAUGCCACACAGCAAUUACCCACAAAUCCUUCUGGGACUGAGAGAUCUGUUUAUGCCACACAGCAAUUACCCACAAAUCCUUCUGGGACUGAGAGAUCUGUUUACGCCACACCGCAAUUACCUAAAAUCACCUCUGCAGCGGAGUGUUCAGUUUACGCAAUGGUCCAAAAACCCAAAGUUCACAAGACAAAUUUAGGUCAUGACGUUAAAGCAGACCUUUCCAGUAAGACCUAACCAUAAAUCAAGUCUUAAACCUUUUCUGACAUAUAUGUAUUUGCACACAGAGGGCUGAAUGGCAUGACCACGACUAGAGUUGAGACUCAUUAUAAAGAAUGCAGAUUUUAUACACAGAAAACGCAGUUCUACUUCUUCAGAAUUGCCACUUCUAAUGCAUUACUGACAACUGUGUUAAAGUUUCCAGUUACUAUAUGCAUACAUUUUUAUAGUUAUUGUAUCUCAUCAUAGCUCUUGACGAUGCUGAUGCAGAAAUGUGGAGUAGUUCCAGCACUGCAGAGGAAUGGUCCAAUAAGGGCGAUGAAGACUUGCAGACAUUAAAAUGUACUGAGUUGUGUAAAUUUGAUGUUGUGGUAUAUGUCAUCUCUGUCAUGAAUGCUAUUUUGCUCAGAACUGCAACCACUCUUGCACUUGUGUAUAUGGUUGAGUGACAAU